AUGCCUGGCGUGUUUGGAGCGCCAUUGCGAAGCGAUGUUUUGAAUUUUGUUCAUGAUAACAUGAGAAAAAAUGCACGUCAACCAUAUGCAGUCAGUUCAAAGGCCGGACACCAGACGUCUGCUGAAUCUUGGGGUACGGGUAGAGCAGUAGCGCGUAUCCCCAGGGUCCGUGGUAGUGGUACCCACCGUUCUGGCCAGGGUGCAUUUGGCAACAUGUGCCGCGGAGGCCACAUGUUUAACCCCACCACUACAUGGCGCCGUUGGCAUCGCCGGAUUAACGUUCAGCAACGUCGGUAUGCUAUUUGUUCCGCUAUUGCUGCUACUGGUGUACCCGCCCUUGUUAUGGCUAGAGGGCAUCGUGUUGAUAAAAUACCUGAGCUCCCUCUCGUUGUCGGUAAGGAAGUUGAGUCUCUUAAAAAGACUAAGGAGGCUGUCAAGUUUCUCAAAGCUAUUAGGGCAUGGCCUGAUAUUCAAAAGGUUUAUAAUUCACAGCGCUUCCGUGCUGGUAAAGGCAAAAUGAGAAAUCGUCGACGAAUUCAAAAGCGUGGGCCUAUUAUAAUCUACAAGCGUGAUGGUGGUCUGACACGUGCCUUCAGAAACAUUCCUGGAAUAACUUUAAUUCAAAUAAGUAAACUAAAUCUUCUCAAGCUUGCCCCUGGUGGCCAUAUGGGCCGCUUUGCUGUAUGGACCGAGACUGCUUUCCGUAGGCUGGAUAAGAUUUAUGGUAGCAAGAAACUCGCUAGUGUUGAAAAGAAGGGAUUCCAUCUCCCCAUGCCGAAGAUGAUUGAUACUGAUCUAGCGAAAAUUUUGCACAGCCGUGAGGUCAUGUCUGUUACGCGUCCUCGUCGCAUGGGUCGACAGCGUCCUGGUCCCAAAGUGAAGAAAAAUCCUCUCAAGAACCUUCAGGUUAUGUUGAAACUCAAUCCUUUCGCACGCGGUGAGAAACAUAUGCGCUUGGCCAGACAGCGGGCUAUGCUUAAGGCUAAAUCCAAGGCCAAAGUUGGAGAAAAGAGGAAGGCCCCACCUUCAAAAGCUGAACCAUCCAAGAAGCCGAGAAAAGAAAAAGCAGAUAAGCCUGCUGUGAAAUCUUAA